CCCAUCUCCAUGGCCAGCGUCUCAUCUCCACAGCCCCACAAAACCCUCACCCAACCUCACCCAGCUACGAUGCACCCCAGCCCCACCCAACAACGCCGCACCACAGUCCCACCUAACAACGCCGCACCACAACACCACCCAACAACCCUGCACCACAUCCCCUCAAGCCUCGCCCCAGCCACCUCUAUACCCCUACCCCAAAUUCGAUCUGAAACUCAGAUUUGAAAAUAAGAAGGAAAACCCCAAAAUCGAUAUGGAAUCCCUGAUUUGCUGUCAAGAAAGAAGAAGAAAGAGAUAAAGGGCUGGUCUCUUGAUGGUCAUCACUAACUUGAAGAAGGUCGACGAGCCUUCGACGAGAUGCAGCAGAGAGGAGAACUGACGGCUUGGAGUGUCGGAGAGGAUGGCGCUGGCGGCUCUGCGAAGAGAGAAGUCUGUGUCCUAUGCAGGGAUGAUGGAGUGCGAAGAGAGAAGCCUCCGUCCUCCGUCCUGUGCCAAUAUCGAGUGCGAGUCUGCGAAGAGAUACCGUCUUCUCCGAGCGUGGGAAGGGAAAUCGACGGGUUGGGGAAAAAUGGAAUGUUUUAAAUGGUCACAUUUUUGUUCAAAUUCAAAAUGGUCAUAUUUUUGUCUAUGCAAACUCUAGAGGUAAUAUUUUUGGCAAUUCUUUCUAUGUAGACAUACUCACAUUUUUUACACCUACUUGCACUUAAUGACUUACAGGAAAAGGCAUAGCUAGGGGGCAACCUAGGGUCGGACUCACCCCAAAUUUUAAUUUUAAUUAAACUAUUAAGGUGAAAAAUUUGUGGAAAAAGAUUCUAAGAAAAAAUCUUUUUACCGACCUACCCCAAUAUAUCACUUAGGCAAAAAAUAUGCCUACCGCCUACGCCAGUGCUUAGAGGCAUUCUUGGUCAACGUUCAAGUUGAGUGUCUUUUCUAUGUUUACCCUUUAAGCAAGCGUCUCUAGUGAUCUUGGCAAGAAUAGUUAGGCCUUUAAUAUUUAGAAGAAUAAAUAUAUACCACUUCAUACAUGUACAAACAAAAUGUAAUAAACUUUUUCUUCCUUUGAUGAUUUACUUCCAAAAUACAUGUAGAGCUUAGACAAUAUAGUACGACUUAAUGAUUGCAUAAAUUGAAAACAAAUCUGCUGUUAUAAACUCAAAGUUUUUGAAGUAGUGAAUUUGAAUUUAAAUCUUUUAAAUAUUCGAUUCCCUUUGGGGGUACCAAAGAAAAUGGUAGGUUGACUUUUUCAUUUCUGUACCGCUUGAUGUAGAUAGGGUUGUGUUGCUUCACAAAGGCUUGAGAAAGAGUGAAAAAGAGAUUGAAAAAAACAUGGAGCUGGGAUUGGUGGUGUGGCUCACUUGGAUGAAAUUAAAACCCACCUUAAGUCUCUCCUUUGUCAUAUGUUUUUGGAUGCAAAUUUCAUCAAGGGAGAUGAGAAAAGUCUUGCUCGCCAAGACUCUCCUUACAUUUAUAAAGUAGCUAAGUUUGGCGGUUGCGGAGCGAGAUGAUGAUAACAAAGACAACGUGUUCGUGUGAUGAGAGGAUCGAAGCAGCCUGGUAAUAGGCGGUGUAAGUCCGGUGAAAUUUGUUCUUGGGAACCGAUACAACGAAAGCUAACUAUAAUCAAAUCCGGAUUUAUAAAAGUGCAAGACCCAACCUUGUAAGCGACAGGACCUAGCGUCGUCUAGGGCUAGAUUGGCAGGCGGCGCCGUGACUCCUUCAUGGCGAUCUUGUCCCGAAGGUACUUCAGUGGGCAAAGCUUGCGUGGAAGCGCAUGGCGGCGAGCUGCAAGCGGACUGGAGCCUCGGAGAAGACCAUCUGGUGAGCACUUCCCCAACAAAGUUUCGAUGCAGAGUUCCGUAGCAGAGUUUCGUUUUUGGGAUUGCAGCUCCGCAGCAAAGGUACUGCAAUUCUCGUUGAAGAGUUCUGAUUUGGUGGUUUUGCAAUUCCGUUUUUGUGGCCAGUGGAGUGUGCGAUCAAAAAGUUCCUCUGGGGCACAAUUGCCUUUAGGACGGAUUGUUGAGCAAAGAAACAAGGGAUAUGGAGGCUGCUCGGUUUUGGAUUGGUUGUGUUCGUGCAGUAUUUUGGCCAAGAGAGGGAGGCGACUCACGGCAGAUCAAAGUGAUGAAGGAAGAAGAUGAAGCUAUGCAAAUCCACCCCCUCCUUAACCGCCGCCAUGGAGGAACCGUGUGUCUAGGGUUUGGAAGACUGCUUUAUUUUUUCUAGUUUUUAUUUUCAGUCCAGACUAUUUUAAUAUUUCUAUUUUGUUCUUCCUAUGACAAACUCAGUUUCAAGUUGCACUAGACAAAGAUAAUACAAACUUUUCAGAAGUAUUUACAAAAAUAACUUUGUGCUAGAUUGCAUAUUUCAGUGCAACAUGAAGUUGAUUUUACAACAACAUAGUUGAACUGAGGUACUUUGAUGUGGAUUUUUUUUUCGAACUUGUCUAUUUGAGGUGCUUUAAUGUGGAAUUUUUUACUGAAAUUUUGUAAGCAUGUUCUUCAUGGAGCAUACAUUACGUCC